UGCGAUUAGUUGAAAAAUUCCAGCCCCUUGCGUAUUCCGAGUUGGACCAAGUAAUUCCCUAUAAAUUGCAAUCCCAAUCCUCAUCCUCUGCCCUAACAGAUUUCCCCCAAAACACCUGACAUUGCCAAUCGGAAGAUCUCCCUCACCAAAUCUUUCUCCACCGCCUUGUCUGCUUCAGAAAUCUUCCAUAGCCAAAUCCUUGUUGAGAAAGAAUGAACGGAAACAGCUCCUACGAAACAUCUUGGGCCGAUCAGUGGGACAACGGUCCUGAUCCUGUUUACGACUACCAGAACAGAAAGAGCAGCGACAACACUAGCUCCGCCGCUAAAUACAAGCAGAAAGUCGGAGAAGGACUAGGAAAAACCAAAGCUGUUGCUUCAACUGGCAUGAAGAAGGUCAAAGAAGGUACCAUCACCGGAUUUCACUGGAUCAAAGACAAGUAUCACAAGAGUACUCACAAACGUUAACUGGAUUCAUUCUCUUCUUCUUUCCUAUUCUUUUGUUUAUUAUUAUAGAAUGUUAUGUUAUGGUAUUUUGGAUAGAUGGGUUUGUUUAGACAUAAUAAUAAUCCUAAUAAUUUGAGUAGUUUUGGUUAGUGUUGUAUAUCACUUGUUCUGUUAUUUUAUUUUGCGAAUGUGAUUUUGGAAUUUCUUUGUAUCUA